CUUCCAGUCUCUAUAUAUAUUUAGCCACAUGCUAUGAAUGAAUCAUUCUACCUAUUAUCACUGUCCGUUUUCAAAGGCAAUCACUGAAUCUCAUUCUCUAUCUGAAUCUAUUUGGAUUAUUACUGAUUUUGCAGUUAAUUGCUCUAUUGAUACUUGUUCAUUUAUUUGAGAAAGCCUAUACACUCCUUGGAGAAGGGAAGAAAAGGAAAGUAGUGCUGACAUUGGAAGAGAACAAUACAAAGCCAAAGGAAGAGGCAAACAUGUUGGCAAUUUUCAAGGAUAAUUUGGUCAAUCCACCAGAAGAGCUAAACAGCCCUGCUUCUUUGAAUUCAUCAAAAAGGUCUAAACUUCCAAAUGAAAUCCUUCAGGAAUUCCAAUCCUACAACCCCUCCAAUGCUUUCUCCAUGAGCUUUGGAAAUGAUGCUUUGCUAGCUUAUUCCCCUUCAAACAAGCCCUCCAUUCAUAACGGGUUUUGUGUUUUGGAUAACAUACACUGCAUUUUCCUUGGGAGCCUAAACAACCUAAGCAAGCUCAUAAAGCAGUAUGGUCUAUCAAAGGGAACCAAUGAUGCUAUGUUUAUCAUAGAAGCCUAUAGGACACUUCGUGACAGGGGUCCAUACCCAGCUGACCAGGUCCUCAAAGAACUUGAAGGCAGUUUUGGAUUUGUGAUAUAUGACAAUAAGGAUGGAACAGUUUUUACUGCUUCGGGUUCUAAUGGACAAAUUGAGCUUUUCUGGGGUGUUGCAGCUGAUGGUUCUGUAGUUAUUUCUGAGAAUUUGGAGCUUAUAAAAGCAAGCUGUGCUAAAUCGUUUGCACCAUUCCCCGCUGGGUGUAUGCUUCAUAGUGGGCAUGGUCUAAUGAGCUAUGAGCAUCCCACGAGGAAAAUGAAGCCAAUGCCUAGAACUGAUAGCGAAGGGUUUAUGUGUGGAGCCAAUUUUUUGGUGGACUCUCAAUCAAGGAAGUCAAUGAUGCCACGUGUUGGAAGUGAAGCCAAUUGGGCUCCUUGGGGGGGCUCACAAGCUUGAUUCAUUCAACCAUGACCAAAUAAACACAUUGAACAAAAAAAAAACCUACUAUAUAAGGGAACUUUUUUCUUUUCUAUUUUUAAUGAUGUUAGCAACAUAACGUAAUGGGGUGACUUGACUGUUAUUAGCACUUUUGGGAUUUCAUUUUCUUUUAGCUUCUAUAUAUACAACAAAUUUAUGAUUGGAAAUUGAGAA